AUGGAUCGCAUUGAGCCCGCCGCGGAUGACAAUGCCCGGGGAAGCCCCCCGGAGGGCCAGUCUACCCAGUCUGCCCAGACAGCUCCAGCAAGACCAGUCUUGUCGACUUUGCAAACUCCGGGGCGACCUCGGGCUCCCUCUGCGAGAUCACGUCGCCCGAGUAUCCGUCUGUCGCGUUUCCCCUCACACUCAUCCGUAGAGGACGAAAACAAUCAAAUCUCACACCCGGAUGCCGCCCAGUUCGGCAAUUCUCUGCAACGCCAGGUCUCCGUUCGAUCACCCGUCGCUGAAGAAGAUGAAUCGCCGCAUGGCCGACGACGGAGUAGCUCCGAGCCCCGACCUGGACGCUGGUCGUCUGCUCCUGCGGACACUUUGCCGCGGGUGGCAACACCCAUGCGCAUGAUGCCUGUCAACGAGGAAUCAUCUCGCCAAAGCCCGCUGCUGACCCCCCAGGCAUCUACUGCCCAGCAGUCCGAGCAACAUACCCCAGAGGGACUGGUGGAGCCUGCUCCGACCCUACAACCACCACAUCGUAGUAUGCUACGAAGGACCAGCCAAGCCGCCCUGAGACCAUUUACACGCAACCGCGCAUCUACUGUUACAGGCGCUCCGCCGCAGGUUGGUGAUACGCAGGAACCACGUAUUAACGAAUAUGGUUCUCAUGUCGUUGAUGUAUUGGACGUCAUUGACCCGGAAGUUUCUGCCCUUUCAACUCUUACCAAUGUUCAGAAUUCACUUUUCGUGCCGAAUCUGGGUGGCUGGAUCAAUCGUCAACCAACAUACACGAUCACACGAGCACCUCAUACCUCCGAUGAAGAAACGAGCACCACAACAGAUGAAGGCGAGGGAUCGGACGAUGCCAAGAAGACCCGGGAACGGCCAACCCUGGAAUCACUGCGACCGUUCUCUAGUAUGUCUUCGGUGCUAGCAGGACCUCGCUAUGCUGUCCUGCCGGAAAAUCAUGAACUGGAUGGAUGGACGAAGGAGGACUUUGCUGAAUUAAACGACCAUGUCCGACACAUGCUCCACUCCCGUCGGUCAAAAUUCAAGCGUUCUAUGAAGGGAUUUGGACAGUAUAUUCGAAAGCCUCUUGGGUUCCUCGUGACCCUCUAUGCGACCCUAAUUACACUUUUUGGUUUAGCUUGGGUACUUUUCUUAAUUGGUUGGAUUAAUGUUGCCGGUCGGCAGUCAUAUCUUAUUAACAUCAUUGACAACAUCCUGGUGGGCCUGUUCGCCAUCAUGGGUGACGGUCUUGCUCCUUUCCGAGCUGUCGACACAUACCAUAUGAUAUUCAUCGCGCGCUAUACUCACAAAACUUGGAAAAUCCGCAAUAAGCGGAAGCUCCCUGAUCUAAAGGAUAAGAACGAUCUUCCCGCCCGGCCAGAAGAAGACGUCGAUAUCGAGCUUGGCGACAAGCCCAAAGAAGAGGAUGAAUUUACCGUCCUCAAUCCCGCGGAGCAGCUCAAACUGCAGCAUCACCAAACCAAGUUUGCCAAUUCUCAUACUUUCUAUAAACCCCAUGAAACCAUGACCCAUCAUGCUUUCCCGAUGCGCAUGCUUGUUGCUAUCGUGUGCAUUCUCGACUGCCAUUCCCUGCUCCAGAUGGCCCUUGGCGCCUGUACCUGGAGCAUGGAACCUCCGAAGUACCGUCCAUUUGCCUUGACCACCGUUAUCCUGUGUUGCUCCAUUACUUGCAACAUCACCGGCGGUAUCUUGAUUAUGAUCGGUGAUCGAAUGUCGCGUAAGAAAGAGAUUGUGGAGCGUCUCUUCCGACAGGAACUUACCGAGGAAGCCAUGCGGAAGAUGGAGAAGCGAAAAACUAAAGAAGAGCGUCGCAGCUUGCAGCUUAAUCGUCCCGAGCUUUUCCUGGGCACUUAG